AUGGAUAUGAGCCAUUUACUCAGUAUUAUGCUGGAGACUGAAAUGAGCAACGUUGACCUCAACGCUGAUAAAUCCGCCACUGCCGCCGGAGAAGAAGUCAAACACCCACUUCAGAACACCUGGUCACUUUGGUUUUUCAAAAAUGAAAAGGGCAACCAAUGGAAGGACAAUCUCCGUCUUGUCACUUCAUUCAGCACUGUUGAAGAUUUCUGGGCGAUCUAUAAUCAUAUCCAGCUUUCCUCAAAACUGCCAACAGGAUGCGAUUACAUGCUUUUCAAACAAGGAAUCGAGCCAAUGUGGGAAGAUGUUCAAAACCGAGAAGGCGGUCGUUGGCUGCUCACUACUGACAAGAAAAAGCGCGCUCAGGACUUAGAUCGAAUUUGGUUGGAGACUCUUCUUUGCUUGAUCGGCGAAGCAUUCGAUGAUGCCAGUGAGGAUAUCUGCGGAGCUUGCGUCCAAAUUCGUCAGAAAGCCGACAAAGUGGCGAUCUGGACCACCAAUGCGCACCACAAAGAUCGAGUCAUGUCGAUCGGCCGAAAAUUUCAGACGAGAAUCAAGCUCGCCCCAGAAUCGCUUUUCUACCAAAAACAUACAGACACAGCCAACUCUGCCAGCAAACAGGGCUCGAACAAGUCAAAAUACGAAUACAUCAUCUAA